UGAAAAAAAACAGAAGUCCUAUCAUUUCUUUACGUUGAACUCAACACUUGGACUCCUCUCUCUCUCUCUGAUCUGAAUGGCGGCCUCGCUGCUGCCCUCACAGUCACACACACACCCCUCCCUCUUCCUCAACCAUUACCGCUUACUUAGCCCAAACCCUUUUCCUCUUCUCCUCCGUUUUCCCAAUAAACCCCACAAAAAAACCAUUUCCACCACUCUCUCUCUCACUCUCACUGUCCACAAUUCUCUCACAUCUCUUCAAUCAUUUACCCACGACGACGACGACGAUGACUCUCCAAAUCCCAAAACUUCGUCGUCGCCGCUUCGCCUUGCCGCCGUAAUAUUCUUCCUUGGCUGCUUCACCUUUACCGCGGCGAGUGCUCGUCUCUUUAAGGUCCCUCCUCCUGCUCUCGCCUCAACAGUGCACGACCAAAUUCAAGAUGAUCAUGGUGGUGAUAGUGCAAAACCCGAGAAUGUGGAAAAUUUAGAAGAUGAUGACAAGGAGUUAAGGGCGAAAUUCCAAGCUUGGAAGUCUAAAACUUAUGCUCUCACUGUCCCUCUCACAGUUGUUGCUCUACGUGGCUCUCUACCUCCUUCUUGGAUUAAGGACUUUAUAGAAUCACAAGGAAGGAGAUUGAAGUUUCGCCUGAAAUACAAUGGAAGUCUUGAGGGCAUUUUCUCUGAUUUAUCGAUGCCCUCUCGAAAAGGUUAUGUCUCACCAUCAUCUACUUUGGCUGCUGACAUUGUGAGUGUUGGUGACUCCUGGCUCAAUUUUGCCAUUACCAAGGCUAUAAUUGAGCCCAUACAAGGGGUAGAAGACCUGGAAUGGUUUAAAGGCUUAAGUGACAAAUGGAAGGUAUAUCUACGCAGGAACUCUGUGGGGGAAAUAGAUCCUGAAGGUAAAAUCUGGGCUGCUCCAUACAGAUGGGGCUGCAUGGUGAUAGCAUACAAGAAGAGUAAAUUUCAACAGCAAAAAUUGGCUCCCAUAGAGGAUUGGGCAGAUUUAUGGCGGCCUGAACUUGCAGGGAGGAUUUCAAUGGUUGAUUCUCCUAGAGAGGUUAUUGGUGCAGUUUUGAAGUAUAUGGGGGCAUCUUAUAACACAAAUAACAUUGACUUGCAAGUUGCUGGUGGGAGAAGUGCUGUCCAGAAAAAUUUAGAAUUACUUGGGAAACAGGUUCGACUAUUUGACAGCGUAAACUAUCUAAAAGCAUUUGGAGUGGGAGAUGUGUGGGUGGCUGUUGGGUGGAGUUCUGAUGUUAUUCCUAUUGCAAAACGCUCAUCUAAUGUUGCAGUAAUUGUUCCCAAGUCUGGGGCUAGCUUAUGGGCAGAUUUAUGGGCCAUCCCUGCCGCCUCUAGAUUUGAAACAAACCAAAUUGGGGGCAGAGUUAGAGGGCCAUCUCCACUGAUUCAUCAGUGGAUAGAGUUUUGCUUGCAAGCUGCUAGAGCACUGCCUUUUAAGCAGGAGGUAAUCCCAGGUGCAUCUCCUUCUGCCCUUGAAAGUGCACAAGUUAAGAUGCCUGCAGAGUUCACCAAGGGCAAACCAAGGCUGGACACAAACCUCAUUGCUGGUAUACCCCCACCUGAAAUUCUGGCUAGGUGUGAGUUUUUGGAGCCAUUAUCGGAUAGCACAUUGUCAGAGUAUCAAUCAUUGAUUAGUACCAUGCAGAAACCUGGCCAUGGUUUGAUCCAAGGAAUGCACCAUUAUAUAUCUUCAGUGAUUCGAAAUUUUUGGCCGGAAAGAAAGCUGCAUUCAAAAAUAACCUGAACACGAAAAUUUGGGAGGGUCUCCCAUGCCUGUCUCUUCUUAAACAAUUUCAAAGCUUCUAUUCUGAGAACUGAUUCAUGAGUAUACAUGCCAGUGCUCUUAAAUUUGAAGAUCAGAGAUUGCAUGAUGUUUCACCAAUUCAAGCUUGGAAUAAGUGUUCUGAUACUGCAGAUACAAUAUAGUUAGGGAAAUUCAUGUUUAGCUGCUCACUUUGCUGCAAAUUUUGACAUGUAGUAAGAAAGCUGGUUCUAUAUUAGAAUUGACUCUCAAGCACCACCACGUAUGAUUGUGGAUCAUGUGGUCUUAGUUUAUCUUCAGGGUUCCUUCCUACUGAAGAAUUGUCUUGAAGGAAAUAGACUUGCAUGCGCAUAUUAUGUUGUCCCUAGUUGUCAUGUCAGUCCAGUGCCUCUGGAAUUAUGUCUUACUUAUAUAUAGCACUGCAAUUUGGAUUGGUGCCAUUAUUCCAGUCCACAACCCAACAAUAAAUUGUUGUAAUUUUACAGUUAGUAGCCAUUGUAAUUCUUUGGGGUCAACUUCUGUAUAAAUACUGUACGCAUAAGGUGAAAACAAAAUUCAUGUUUCUCACCAGAAAAGAUAAGAAAGUAGUUUACAGGUUGCUUGGCUAGGCCUCAAAAGA